AUGUCUUUUUUUUUUUUUCCUUUGCUUCUCAUUCAUUGCUGUUGUCGCUCGGGCGUUGUGUGGCGAAUAGGGUCAAACGGACACAAACAUUACACACAACACGGAGGGUUUGUUCAUGUGCCGUCGCAUGGUUGGGCGUGGUGUCGUCAAGCCCUUUUUGGUUUCCCAUGUCUCCCAGCAUUGCCCGCUCCAUGCAGAUGCGGGGAGGAAAGGCAUGCAGGACCGCCUUGCAGCUCUCGUGUUAGAGUGCGAUCGGAAUUCCUUACGCCCUUUCAGUGGUUCCAUUUGUGCCGCGGCUCUCACCGCUACCGGGGUAGGGUUGUGCGCUCUCACUUUUGUCUACAACGUGGGCAGGCCUGUGGUGAAUGCCUAUGCGGAGGCGCGUGCAAUGGGUUGCCUCGGGGAAGUGGAGGGAGAGGAGCAGGGGGAAAAAUGAAACCGAAGGAAAAAAAAUGGGGUGGCCGUGGCCUAAAAGAUGAAUUUGAAGAAAAUGAAAGGGAAGGCACUAAAUCCCUUUGA